UCUUUUGGUUUGUUUUCUUCUCUUAUUACAGUAUAUAUUAAUCUAUAAUCCGGUGUGUAGUUUUCAUGUAUUAUGUGGUUUGACUUUGGUUAUGUCUUAAUUCUGAGUAAAUGUUAAAGUUGGUUGACCUUUGUUCACUGUAUAAUUCUUGUUUGAACAUGUUAAGCUCAAUUAAUGGGUAAAAAUUGUAUCUUUAAAUGUUUUUGUAAUACUAUUAGUUAGCUGGUUUUUCAGCAAAAUGCUAGCUCAAGUGAAUUUGCUAUUGUUAUUGGCCAACUUUUUAUUGCUAUAUAGAAUUGACUAUGGUUUUUCUGAAUACUGUGAACAUGAAGUUUCUAAAUUGUAACCUAGAUAUGAUUGCUUGUGUAAACUGUAAAAGUUGAAAAGGAGUUUUAAGGCGAAUUGUACAUGCUCUGGAACAGCUUUAAUUAACUUUUUCUAGUGAAGAAAAGGCUCUUUAUGAGCCUUGUUGAGCUAUUUUACCUAAUAAUACAAUUCGCACGGAUUACAAUAGUCUGGCACUUUUACAUAUUAUAGUGAAAAGGCUUCAAGAAGUGGUGCCGGUGAGAUUAUAAUACAAGGUAACGCGGAGAUUGAUGAAGAUGUCAUGCAUCGUAUCAGAGCCAGAUGGAUGAAGUGGAGGUUUCCUUCGGGUGUCUUGUGUGAUAAUAAUGUGCUGCUGAGACUUACAGGUAAGUUCUACAAGGUUGUAGUUAGACCGACUAUGUUUGCAUGGAGCAGAGUGUUGGCCGGUCAAGAACUCUCAUACCCAAAAGCUGAAAUUAGCUGAGAUGAGGAUGUUGAGGUAGAUGUGUGGGCAUACCCGAUUGGAUAAUAUUAGGAAUGAAGUUAUUCGGGGAAAGGUGGGAGUGGCCCAUGUGGAGGAUAAAGAUGCGGGAGGCGAGAAUGAGAUGGUUCGGGCAUGUUAAGAGGAGAAGUAUAGAAGCCCCAGUUAGAAGGUGCUAGAGGUUAGCUUCGGUGGAUAGCAGAAGGGGUAGAGGUAGGCCUAAGAAGUCUUGGGGAGAGGUUAUUAGGCGGGACAUGGCACAGCUGACUGAGGACAUGGACCUAGACAUGAGGGUGUGGAGGUCAAAGAUUAGGGUAUUAGGGAGAGGUUAUUAGGCGGGACAUGGUACAGCUGACUGAGGACAUGGACCUAGACAUGAGGGUGUGGAGGUCAAAGAUUAGGGUAGAAGGUUAGUAGGUCGAGCGUUUCUCUUUGCCUUACUCAGUUCGCUAGCAUUAGUGUUAGUAUGAUAUCUUUUUAUUCAUAGAGUGCUGUUACUAUCUAGAGUUUAACUGAAUUCUUGGAUUCGAUCUUAUUUUAUCUUGUUGUUAUUCCUACAUGUUGCAAUUAUCUUUUCUUUUUCAGCCGUUUUCUAGCCGAGAGUCUAUCGGAAACAGCCUCUCUGCCCUUCCAGGGGUAGGGGUAAGACUGCGUACAUCUUACCCUCCCCAAACCCCACUUGUGGGAAACUACUGGGUUUAUUGUUUUUGUUGAUACUUCAAGAAGCGGUGCAAUUUUGAGAGGGAUGUAACAUUUUUUGCAAAUACUUAUCGUCUUGCCAUAUCUAUCCGCAUCGGCAUUUCAUGGAGAUGUUGAUGUCCUAUAUCUCUAGUUCUAAAAGGAUCACACCGUCUGUUUCUUCUAAGAUUACACAGGAUUAAUAAAUAGACAGUGAGAUCAAAGCAUACAACAUAUGGCGGUGUUUUGACCAGAAUGGAUCCUCAGGCUUUCAUUAGGCUGUCAAUAGGGUCGCUGGGGUUGAGACUGUCUGGAACAACUACUUUGAACAGUACAAAAACAGGGAUAAGUGCAGUCUCUUCUCCCUGUGUGUGCGAGAUCCGUCUUCGAGGUUUCCCUGUGCAGACAUCAUCUAUUCCCUAUAUUUCCUCACCUGAAGCUACACCGGAUAUUCACAACGUUGCAUCCAGCUUUUAUCUUGAAGAAUCUGAUUUGAAAGCUUUACUGGCACCUGCCCCCUGUUUUUAUGCGGCUCAUGCAUGUCUAGAGAUAGUUGUUUACACAGGACGCAAAGGAGGCCACUGUGGUGUUGGUAUUAAGAGGCAGCAAGUUGGGACAUUUAAGUUGGAAGUAGGUCCCGAAUGGGGUGAAGGAAAACCAGCCAUUCUGUUUAAUGGCUGGAUAGGAAUUGGCAAGAACAAGCUGGAGACUGGAAAACCUGGAGCGGAGCUUCAUUUGAGAGUGAAGCUGGACCCUGAUCCAAGAUAUGUUUUCCAGUUUGAAGAUAAAACGAAACUAAGCCCUCAAAUAGUGCAGCUUCAGGGAACCAUCAAGCAACCUAUUUUCAGUUGCGAGUUUAGUCAGGACAGGGUAUCUCCGGUAGAUCCAUUAAAUAAUUUUUGGUCAAGUUCAUUUGACGGUUCUGAACUAGAGGUAGAGAAAAGAGAGAGGAAGGGAUGGAAGGUGAAGAUACACGAUCUCUCUGGGUCGGCUGUUGCAGCAGCCUUCAUAACAACUCCGUUUGUGCCAUCAACAGGUUGUGAUUGGGUGGCCAAAUCCAACCCAGGAGCUUGGUUGAUUGUUCGUCCUGAUAUUUGCAGGCCCGAAAGUUGGCAGCCAUGGGGAAAGCUUGAAGCAUGGCGUGAACGUGGGAUCAGAGAUUCCAUUUGCUGUCGCUUCCAUCUUCUAUCAGAGGGGCAGGAAUGUGGUGGUGAUCUUCUCAUGUCUGAAAUCUUGAUCAGUGCAGAGAAGGGUGGUGAGUUCUACAUUGACACGGACAGACAGGUACAAGCAGCAGCGAGUCCACUGCCCAGUCCAAGAAGCAGCGGAGACUUUGCAGCACUAAGUCCUGUUGCAGGCGGUUUUGUCAUGAGCUGUCGAGUGCAAGGGGAAGGGAAAUGCAGCAAACCCCUCGUGCAACUUGCCAUGCGACACAUCACCUGUGUGGAAGAUGCAGCCAUUUUCAUGGCGCUUGCUGCUGCAGUUGAUCUUAGCAUUGAGGCAUGCAGGCCUUUUCGCAGAAAGCUACGGAGAAGUACUCGCCAUUCCUGGUGAUGUAUGUAUACGCAUAAUGGGAGAUAUACUGAUAUCCAACCCCAUUCCUGUAUUUCUCCUGAUUGUUGUAACAACUUUACUUUUGCUAUGUAGUAACCAACUUAAUCUAUAUUUAAAUUGGUUCAAGUGGCCC